AUGGAGUAUCACCCACCAGCAGCGCAGCACAUGGUGCUUUGCGCCGACUGCGGAACUCCCAUCACGCCCAACAAUGCCAACCUCUGCCUGUCGUGCCUGCGAAACUCGGUCGACAUCACCGAGUCGGUUCCCAAGCAGGCUACGGUCAACUUCUGCCGCAACUGCGAGCGCUACCUCAACCCGCCCAACUCGUGGGUGCCUGCUCGUCUUGAGUCCAGAGAAUUGCUCGCCAUCUGCCUCAAGAAGCUCAAGGGCCUCAACAAGGUGCGCCUCAUCGACGCAGGCUUCAUUUGGACCGAACCACACAGCAAGCGUCUGCGAGUCAAGCUCACGGUGCAGAAGGAGGUCUUCACCUCCACCAUCCUGCAGCAGAUCUUCGAGGUCGAGUUCGUUGUGCAGUAUGGUCAGUGCCCCGACUGCACACGACUCGCGGCCAAGAACACGUGGCGCGCCAUGGUCCAGGUGCGCCAGAAGGUGCAGCACAAGCGUACCUUCCUCUACCUCGAGCAGCUCAUCCUCAAGCACAACGCCCACCAGAACACCGUCAGCAUCAACGAGAAGAAGGACGGCCUCGACUUCUUCUACACCCAGCGCGCACACGCCAUCAAGAUGGUCGAGUUCCUCAACAGCGUCGUCCCCAUCAAGACCACCAAGUCCGAACAAGUCAUCUCCAUGGACGUGCACACCUCGACGACAAAUUACAAGUUCACCUACUCGGUCGAGAUCGCCCCUAUCUGCAAGGACGACCUCGUCUGCAUGCCGCCCAGGAUGGCCAAGCAGCUCGGCAACAUCGGCCAGCUGGUGCUCUGCAACAAGGUGACCAACUCGCUGCGCUUCAUCGAUCCCAUCAGCCUCCAGAUCGCCGAGGUGCCAGCAGAGAAGUACUGGCGCGAUCCCUUGCCCGCGCUGGCAACGAUUCCAGAGAUGAUCGAGUUCUUGGUGCUUGACAUUGAGCCCACGGGUCGCUAUGCUACCAACUCGCACGGUGUGCAGAACCGCCGACUCGAAGAGGCCGAUGCGCAAGUGUCGCCGCUCAACGCAGCUUCGUUCGGCGAGGCGGAUGCGGUCUACCACACGCGCACGCACCUGGGUGCCAUCCUGCAACCCGGCGACACCGUCAUGGGCUACCACCUGCGCGUAGCCAACUUCAACUCGGCCGAGUGGGACACGCUGCCUGCCGACCGUCUGCCGGACGUGGUGCUGGUGAAGAAGUCGUAUCCCGAACGCAAGAAGCGCUCCAAGAACCGCAUGUGGAAGCUCAAGUCAAUGGCCAAGGAGGCCGAAGAUCCCGCCACCGAGGGCGCAGUCGGCCGCGGUGCCGUCGGCAGGCGCGGUGGUCUCGACUCGCAGAGGGUUGAGAGGGACUACGAGCUGUUCCUGCGCGAGCUCGAAGAGGACGACGAAAUGCGCCAGACCGUCAAUCUCUACAGGGACUCCAAGAAGGAGGAGGAGAGGCGGUUGCGCAAGGAGAGGGCCGCACAGAUCAAGGCCGAGCGCGAGGCGGCUCUCGCAAAUGGCGGCAUGGAGGAGGACGGCGACGACGGCAUGACGACCGACGGAGAGAGCGAGUGGGGAGACGACGAUGCACCGCGCGUCGGCAUGGACGAGCUGCUCGACGACCUCGAAGACAUGGCCAUCGAGGACUGA